UGAAAUUUAAUUUGGGUUUAAAUACAUGUAUAAAAUGUUGUUCUUUUGCUAACCUAGCUGAAAUAUUGUUCGAAAAUAGCUAUAUAUAUAUAUGUGUGUGUGUGUGUGUGUGUGUGUGUGUGUGUGUGUGUGUGUGUGUGUGUGUGUGUGUGUGUGUGCGUGCGUGCGUGCGUGCGUGCGUGCGUGCGUGCGUGCGUGCGUGCGUGCGUGCGUGCGUGCGUGCGUGCGUGUGUGUGUGUCGUUUUUUAUGUGUGUGUUGUUGAUUGCUCUAUAAUUGCUCGUUUAAGUCAAUAGCAAUUGUUUUUGUUCUAAGAAUGAUUACCUGAUGAUACCGUUUAUUUAGUAUUUAAUUACUUCCUGAGCUGAGAAACAAACGUCUGAUCAUAACCCACAAGAAUCAGGAAGAUCGAGUAUCGUUAUGAAUAAGCGACUGCUAAUUGGAUUGUUCAAACGGAAUGUAGGCCCAGAAAUAAACAUAUACAAACAUAAAUAAGGCGGCGAUGACGGACGAGUGUCAGGCCUUUAUUGCAUGCCCGUUUAGAAUGCUUAGCCUGUGGAUUACCAAUUGCAAAAAUAGCUUGGAGAAAUAUGGACCGAUAGGAAAACAAACGGCUGUCGUUCGAAUACAGAUUAUUAUUAAUAGUUAUUUGCAUACACUUGUGAGACAGUGGAUAGCAGUUUACAUAGGUCUUGUGCAGAAAGACAUAUCAGCAGCAUAUGGCGCGAUAAUAGGUGGUCUUUUAAGUCAAACAACGCCGAUUAAGUUUUCAUUACCUAAGCAGUACAUCGAAAGUGUCAGGCGACUUCAGCUUAAACACUGUAUUCGAAGCGAAAGCAUGGAAACUUACGCUUAUUACGAGAAUGACCGAAUAUUUGACUUAUACGAGAAUGAGUCGAGGGACAAGUACGAUAUAGGACAGGACUUGUAUGCUCUAUUGGACCAAAGUGAUGACCACUUCAUUCCCGAGGACUUCAGUCACGGUCUCAAGGUUGUGUUGGCGGUGCUGUACAGCUUCCUGUCCGCAGGCGCGCUUGUAGGGAACGCCUGCGUCCUGGUGGUGAUACUGACACAUCCAGCCAUCCGAACCGUCACCAACACGUUCAUAGUGUCCCUGGCGGCGAGCGACGCUCUAAUUGCCGCCUGGAACAUGCCGCUCCAGCUCGUGUUCUACGUGCGUAACGAGUGGGGCCUCGGGGAGGGCAUGUGCAAGGUGACCAGCUUCGUACAGGGAGUCAGCAUACUGGCCAGCAUCCUCACGCUGACCGGAAUCUCCAUAGAGCGGUAUUACGUCAUAUGCAACCCCAUCAAGGCCCGUCACAUCAGGAGCACGCGUACAGCUUUGGUCACCGUGCUGUUGCUAUGGCUGGUCGCCAUGGUUAUCAUGAUCCCGAAUUUGUGGAUCCAAAGACUUGAAACUCGGUUGGCAUGGCAGCACGGCGAGGAUCCUCCGAUAAAAAUCGUGCACAUCUGUGUGGAACAGUUCCCCAAGUUUGUCUACAAUGUCGCGUACACAUACGGACACUUCAGCGUUCUUUUUCUCGUGCCAGUAUGCGUCAUGAUCUACGCGUACAUCCGGAUGGGACGGAUACUUUGGUACCGGAAGUACAUAGGCGAACCAAUUUUCGCCACGCAGAUGAAGGAUAAGAGGGAGGAACAAAAGAGGAACAUUGUGCGCAUGCUACUGGUCAUCGUGCUAUGUUUUGUCAUCUGCUGGUUUCCGUUUUUCGCGAUACACUUGGUGUUAGUGCAUUGUAAACUCAACAAAACCUUCCGCGUUCUUGUUUCGUUCGCGAAAGCGUUCGGGUAUUCCAAUUCAUUUAUAAAUCCCAUAAUUUACUUCUUUCUGAACGCAAAAUUCAAUCGCGUCCUCCGCAAUAUUUUACCGUGCAAAAACUUUUGCAAUUUGAGAACUAGAACAGCUCGAUAUUCCAGAAAACCAAAUACACAGGUGUCAACGGCAUAA